CGACUGUAAACAACCGAUAUUCAGACCGUUACUCAUUUACUCAGGACAUUUGUCGCUCGCAAAAUGGGUGUCGCGGACUCGACUGCCGAGUUACUGAGGACAUUGACUACGGCUCUAGAGUCUGCUUCCUCUGCAUUCCCUGCGGACGAACAACAAUUCUUACCGCCAAUCGAAGGAAUUUCCUUGCUCGACAUCAAGAAUGACCUCCUCCUCUCCUACUUGCAGAACUUGGCAUUCCUUGCGGUUCUCAAAUUACGAAAUGGCGGUGACAUCGAAAAGUCGGACAUGGGUUCGGAAGUGGUGAAGAAGUUGGUCGAGUUACGAGUCUAUCUUGAAAGAGGCGUACGUCCACUGGAGAACAAGUUGAAGUAUCAGAUCGACAAGGUCACUAGAGCAGUCGAUGACGCCGACCGUCGAGCCGCUCAAAAAUCAAACACGGCUCAAGCUGUGAGCAAAAAGCCCACAACCAAGUCACUCAAUCAAGGGUCUGAUGUAUCCGAUGCCGAGUCAGAAGAAGAAGAAGAAGAUGAUGAAGAUGAAGGGCAGUUGAACGGGCACAUGAAUGAAGAUAUAUCCGCGGCGCCGCGGCCGGCUGCGCUCUUGCGCAACCAAGGGGCUUCAAAGAAGGAUACUGCGUCUACAAAGUCACGAGCAACGGCAACAGGUGCAUAUAAACCUCCUCGAAUAACUCCGACGUCCAUGCCCGAACCGGCCUCAAAUAGGACCAGCGAUCAGCCGGCACGCAAGCGAAGAUCACAACUGCUCGAUGAGUACAUUGACGAAGAGCUUUCGACUGCUCCGCGCGCACAACCGUCGAUUGGUUCGAACAGCACUAUCGUCAAGCAUGGUCGUGGUGCGAUGUCUUCUCGGGAUCGCGAGAAGGACCGCGAGCGUACCGACUAUGAGGAGCGCAAUAUGGUCCGCCUGCCAGCGAUCAGCAAAGCUGAGAAGAGAAAAGCCAGAUUAUCAGGUGAGUCCAGUCGCAGAGAUCUAUUCGGUGGGGAGGAUUGGACUGGUCUGGGCGGUCUGGGCGAUCGGAUCAACAGGACUGUGGCUGGAAAGGCAAGAGGGGAAGGGGGUAGUGUGCUCGAAAGGAGAGAGAAGCGUCGGAGGGACACUCAAGACGGUCCAAGAGGUGAUGGAGCAGCUAUAGGUGACACUUUCGAGAAGAGGAGGAAGAUCUUGCAGGGCAGAGCGGAGAAGAAAGGUCGCAGAAAGUGAUGACACGGAUCAAAUUCAUUUCCUUCGAUACCCUUUCCAUAAAAUGUAUUGUUUUCUUGAGGCCAUAAGUUUCAGCAUCUCGACCACCUAGGCCUCUAUCUAGUCUCGAAUAUUGAUAUUCUUUGGAAUCAGAA